UCAAAACAUCAAUAGUUGAUUAUAUGUAAUGAUCAUACAUCAUAAAACUAGAAAUCAAUCAUGUCAAAUUCUCUGCGUCAGUUGGUAUGUCCCAAAAUAGCUUAUCUUGUUGUACCUACCAUUUACUCAUAAAUAGGAUAUCGUGAAACUAUACCAUGGCUACGAUCGACUCUGCACUACAUGCUCAAAACUCAACUUCAAAACACUCUUUCGAUCACCAGAGUUAGAUCCAAAACUUCAAAUAACCCCGCCCCCCUUUAUUUUGGAAGAUUUCUGGACUACGUCAAUUUACUGCCCAUUUUGUCGCUUGCUACGUCAUUGUCUUGGAAUAGAUGAAAAGACUGCUAGAUACCAUCGGAGCUUACACCAAAAAGGGGAAACACGAUGGAUCUGCCGUGUAUUAAUAAGAGGAUGGGUUAGAAUUUUACUACAUAGGUCUCCCGGUCAUCAUGUCACAUAUCAACUACAGCCCACGCUAAUUACCGAAACGACACAUCGUGAAGGAAAAUUUGAUGCUCCAAUUUAUGGUCCUAGUGUUCAGCUGAUGGCAAAGGAAAAUGAAAAGGACAUAGAUCAGCUGUCGUUAGGUCGACACAUGGAUCUAUUAAGAGCGAAUAUCAAACUACUACGAAGUUGGAUUGAUAGCUGCGAGACACAUCAUACGCCUGACUGUGCUCCUCAAACCUGGAUACGAGAUCCAAAAAGUCCCUUUCGUUUGAUUGAUGUUAAGCGUCGAUGUAUUGUUCGUGCUCCAGCUGAAUGCAGAUAUUUAGCCUUGAGUUAUUGUUGGGGUGCGCCAUCGGAAACAAAUAAGCACCUUAAACUUGAAGAUAAAACCAUCGUAUGGCUAUAUGGGAAGAAUUCGUUAUCAAAUAACCCCAAUAUACCAAAAACGAUUCGAGAUUCUAUUGACCUAGUUUUUGACCUAGGUGAAAGAUAUCUUUGGGUCGAUGCUUUAUGUAUCAAACAAGAUGACGAAUUUGAUAGAGCUGCCCAAAUUCCUCUCAUGAGUAAGGUGUAUGGAAGCGCUUUAUGUACCAUCGUUGCUGGUUCUGGCUCUAAUGCAUGGGCAGGCCUGAAUGGAGUUGGAACUGAGCCAAUACCCAGGUUACCAAAGCAAUACUUUGCAAAGAUACAGGAUCUUGAUCUAAUAACGACUCAGAAGCAUUAUCAAACAUGGAAGUACGAAACAUUUUGGGAAACACGCGGGUGGACUUUCCAGGAAAUGGUUUUAUCAAAGAGAUUGAUGAUCUUCACAGGCUCACAAGUGUUUUUUCAAUGUAAGAAGUGUUUAUGGUGUGAAGAUACUAUUCUCGAGAACCUGAAUCCCAGCAUUACGUGCGAAAGCAAAGCAUCGGGAGAUAUAAGUUCGGAGAGCCAUACUAUUAUGGAUGCUUUCACCUCCUACCAUAUACUGGUGCACAGUUACACAUGUCGUUCACUAGGGGAUCAAAGUGAUGUUUUAAAUGCCUUUCAAGGCAUAGAGCAACAUCUUCAAAACCGUGCUCUCUCUUCAAAGCAAAAGAGUUUGAGUGGAAGUUUUCAUUACGGCAUUCCGGAGUCAUUUUUUGACUUAGCUUUGAUUUGGACACUUCCUUAUCAUUAUCCAAAUCAGAGACGAAAACUCUUCCCAAGUUGGUCAUGGGCUGGUUGGAACAUGGAAAUGGGGAAAACAUUUCGUCGUCCGGGUGUAAGCUUUACAUAUGCAGAUGCGGUCCGUCGAGAGUUAGUUUGGUACAAGCCCGCCGUGGAGGGAUCAGACGAAUAUGUUCGAAUAAACGCCUCCGAGCUCAUACCCAAAGAAAACCAAGAAAACCAAAUCACAGAAGAAGAAAAGCAACUGAGUGUUCAAUGGAAGUCUGACAACAACUCAAUUCCUCAACAUGACUUUCCAAGAGCACCACACAUUCUCCACUUUUGGACAAGCACAGCUCGUCUUUUGGUUGACCGAUCUGGUAAUCAAGAGAAAUCUAUAAGUGUAGAUCCAUCCGAUCCAGCUAUACUAGAGAAUGAGAAAAUGAAGAUCAGAGAUCCAACCCGAGGCAUAGAAAUCGGCACCAUAUCAUUGAAUCGAUCGUGGCGAGCAGAUAGACCUGAUGAGCUUGAAUUCAUGGUCGUAGCUCGUGCGUGCAAGAUGAAAUAUACACAGAACAAAUCAGGUUUGUAUUUAAUGCUCAUAGAAUGGGUAGACAAUAUCGCAUACAGAGUCCAGAUGGUGAAUGAACCAGUGAAAGAGGAUAUUUGGGUAGGUUUGAAGACGGAGUGGAAGUUUAUUUCCCUUGCUUAGAAAGAAAGGAGAUGAAAUAGCAAAGAAAGUUCGAGAGAUAAAGCAUGACGAAGAGCUAGCUUAGCAUGGAGUCAAGAGAUUCUGAAAUAGCCGCUGAAGUCCUCGUGGUAGAGCGAGGACCUCGACUAUUUGCUUUUUCUGUCCCUGAAGACCACAGAGAAAAGUUUACCACUGCAAUUUAAGUCGAUAAUGUAUGCUCCAAAUCGGAGAUUGAUAAUUCUGGUCAUGUUUUAGAAGGGCAAAAUUGAGAAAAAUGGCUGGGAGUGAAGUAAAACAUGGAUAGUCCUUAACAAAUGUAGCGGAAUAAAGUGCACAUUUGAGGAUUGAGUAGAAGGGCGAGAGUCUGACGGGGAAAACGAAGUAGCAGUAUUGCAGGAGUAGUCUUCACCAACUUGACGUAAUCAUCCCCAUUGAACUAAGUUCUAAGGAUGCAAACUCGAUCCGGCCGGAACAAUUUCAUAAAACAAUGAUGCUGAACACGUAACGAACAAAUAAAUAGUGUAAAAUCCA